AUGGUGGAGGAAAGCAGCUCAAAACACUGCCACCAGGAGAACAUGGCUCCCUGGGGAACAAAAGUACUUUCUUUAAAUGGUGGCAGACGUGUCCAAGGAAUAUUGCGGGAAUUUGACCCCUUUAUGAAUUUUAUGAUAGAUGAAUGUGUGGAGAUGGCAACUAGUGUGCAACAGAACAGUAUUGGAAUGGUGGUGAUGCAUGGAAAUAGUAUCUUCAUAUUAGAAGCAUUGGAACAAGUAUAA